UCAUACGCUAAAUUUAAAUGGCGUUUUUAAUCAGUUCAGUAAAUUCUUCGGUUAUCAAAAUGACUGCUGGUGUAUGUGGUGCUUUAUUUGUAGGAUACUGCGUAUAUUUUGAUAAAAAAAGAAGGAGUGAUCCUAAUUUCAAGAAUAAAUUAAGAGAAAAAAGAACUAAAUUAAAGCUUGAAAAAGAGAAUGAAAAUAAGUUGAAUAUUCCAGACUUUAAGGAUCCUGAGGCUAUGCAAGCUUUUUUUAUUCAGGAAGUAACCAAAGGAGAAGAAUUAUUAGCUAUAGGUGAUCUCGAAAAUGGAAUUGACCAUUUAUCCAUUGCCGUCUCUGUGUGUGGCCAACAAAAACAAUUAUUAAAAGUUCUGGAACAAACAUUACCACCACAAAUAUUUUUUCUUCUAGUCCAAAAAUUACCACAAGCUCAUAAAAAAAUAUUUGGAAGUAGUAAUUUUUCCACAACAAUUGCCGAGGAAGAUGUUGAUUAAUAUUUUACAAAUUUGAUAUUAAAGGCAAUUACAAAUUCCUUCCAUUAUUAUUUACAAUAAUUUUAAUGAUUUUAUAUGUUCUGUAAUAAAUUUAUAACCUUUAUUAAAUUCUUUAAAUAAAUGCUUACCUACUUCUUAAAU